AUGAAAAGAACAAAAAGCAAAGGAGAACCCAGUGAGCCUAAAAAAGCCAAAAAGAAUCUUGAGGGAAACUCAAAAAGAAAAAGAGAUGAAAUUAAUGAAAGUUGUGAUGUAGGGAAAAUUGAAGUUGAUCUGUCAGUUGAUUACAAGCGAAAAGAUAAACAUAUUGAAUAUCAAGAUUAUAGGGAAGCAAAACAUGAUAUUGUAAAUAAGGAUGAAGUGAAUAAUUCUCAUUUGAAAAGAGAAGUUGGAAAUUCAAGGUUGAAAGAAAGGGACAAAGAUUCUGUGCAUGCAUAUACUACGAAAAAUUCAAACAGUAGAAAAAAUAAGAAGAGGAAAAAUAGUAAUAAUAAUGAUGAGAAUAAAAAUGACGAAGAUGGUAAAAUUGACAGAGACGGUAAAAAUAAGGGGGAUAGUAAAAAUAAUUACAGCAGUAAAUACAAUCGUAGCAGUGGAAAUCUCAGAAGCAGUGGAAAUCUCAGAAGCAGUGGAAAUCUCAGAAGCAGUGGAAAUCUCAGAAGCAGUGGAAAUCUCAGAAGCAGUGGAAAUCUCAGAAGCAGUGGAAAUCUCAGAAGCAGUGGAAAUCUCAGAAGCAGUGGAAAUCUCAGGAGCAGUGGAAAUCUCAGGAGCAGUGGAAAUCUCAGGAGCAGUGGAAAUAACCGUAGUAAAAAUAAUCGGAGCAGCAGAUAUAAUCGUAGUAGUAUAGAUGAUAGCGACAGCAGAAAUGGCAAAAAGGCUAGCAACCCACCCAGGACACGCAGAAGAACGAAGAAUGGAACGUCUAAUGACAUUCAGAAUGAAGAGUAUAAGAAGGAAGGCGAAAUGAGAAAAGUGAGUGAUGCAAAUUUGUUGAAGCGUCAUGAGAAUUAUAAAGAAAUGUUGAGUAAAUAUGUGAAUUCGCAUAAAAAUAUCUUACAUAAUUCAAAUAGUACAAAUUUGAAAGAUAAAAGAGCGGGAGAUAAAAAGAAGAGAAUUCGAAAAAGAGGGGUAUUAAAAUUAGAAGAUUUAAUUAUUAAAGAAGAUAAAAUUCAGGAAAAUAAAAAUAAUCAACGGAUAAGUAAGUUUUAUGGAGGUGUACGAAUAAAAAAGGUUAGUACUGCUGUUGGUAAAUCGGAUUAUAUUACACUUACAAGAAAUUUAAAUACAAAUUUAAAAACAGUUGAAUAUUUAGAUUUAAUAAAAUUACCCGAACAGGAACAUUUGAAUAAUAAUUUGAAAUCUCCUGAUUUAGAUUUUAUAGAAAAAAAGAAGGAAAAAAAAGAGAUUGAAAUGUAUGCACCCAAAUGGAAAUAUCCCCUUCAGAUGUUUGAUAAAUUUAUUUUUAAAAAUAGAAAUUUUGAUUAUAAUAAAUGGGUACCAAACUGUAAAACAUUAUGUGCAAUUGGUUUACCUUUUCAUUUAAAUGAAUUUUAUCUAUUACAUACAUUAAUAGAUAUGUAUUACAAUAAUAAAAAUUAUGAUGGUGUUUUUGAUGUAAUGUGUACAAAUGAAGAUAAUUUCCUUAUAUAUAAUAACAUAUUAGAAUUAUAUACAUGUAUGUAUGAAAAUCAUAAUAGAUAUGAAUUACUAGCAGCAAACUUAGGUAUUUUAAAAUUUGAAUAUCUAUUUGGAACACAAUAUUGUUCGGCCAAAAAUGAUAUGUUACCUCCUUAUCUUUACCAUAUAUUUAAAGAUUUUUAUCGAUUUAAUUCUUUCCCUAUUGGGGGUCUAGGAUUAAUUCAUUUUAAAAAUGAGAAAUAUGCUAAAGAUUUUUGUGUAACUAUAAACAAUUACACUUCCCAUCUUUAUGAAAAAUAUAUUAAAUUAAUUCCAGAUAUUAAUGGUUUGAAAGUUUUUCUUGAAGCAACUGUUUAUUACCAAGUUCCUGACAGUCUCUUUACACAAAUUAAUUACAAUGAGUUGAAUAUUGCUCUCAGUAUUAUACAGAAAAAUAUGGCAGGAGUUAUCGGUAUAAUUAAUGAAUUAAAAAAUUAUUAUAAACAAAAGAAUAUAUGGAAUUUGAUCUUUGCAAAUAUAGAUCUGCAAGAAUUUUAUAAAAAAAAAAUAGAGCCAGGAAAUAACAUGUCAGAUGUCAAUGGUAAGGUUAGUGGUAACAAUCAUAUUGGUAAUAAUAUCUCCAAGGAUAAUAAUUGUUAUGAUACAACACAAGAACUACUAAAAAGAAUAAAAGAAUUGCCAUUUAGAGAUAAUAUAUUUCCUAAUUUCUUAGUUCGCAUAUAUAACACAUAUAUUAAUAGAUAUUUGAUUUCCAACGGUUUUUGCUUACUUGGAAGCCCAUAUUUAGAUGAGGAAGCAGGGCAAAAAGUAGCUGAUUUUUUAAAAAAAUUUUACUUACUAGAUUGGUUUUAUAAUGAAAAAGAUGAAACAUGUUAUUUUUAUAUUUUUAAGCCAAUAAUAAAUGCUUUUGCAGUUUUUAGAAGACUUUUUAAUGCAUCUAUAAGCUAUUCAGUAUGUACUCUAUUUUUAAAACUACCUUUUGGAUUAGUUCCAGCUAUGUUUAUUCAAGCAAAUAUGAAUGUAGGAAUUUUACAUGUAUACAAUGGAAAUAUUAUUCCUAGGAUGUAUCAAGUUCAAUUAAAUGUAAAUAGGGCAGACUUUAGCUUGUUACCAUUUUUUACUUAUGAUAAUUAUAUUAGGAGUUUUAUAGGUAAUCAAAAUAUAAACCAUAACCAACCACCAUUUGAUGUAUAUAGUGAUUCAUCAGCUCAGAGAAAAAAUAGAAAUAUGGGAAAUUAUGAUGAACAUAAUAAAGCGCAAGUUAAUUAUUUAACAAGGGUAUUCAAUCAAAGACCUAAUGAAAAUAUAAAGAGCAGCAACAACAAAGUUGAGGAAAUUAUUAAACUUAGAGGUGAUCAAACUAGUGGUGCUCAUUAUGUUUCACCAUGUGUUGCUUUGUUCAAUAACCCAAACUAUAUGAACAAACAAGUAAAAGAUGGCAUUAACAAUAGUAACUUCAACUGUGUACCAAAUAAUGAUAUAGUCAAUGAAGGAAAUAGUCAAAGAUGCAUGAAACGUACUGACUUAUCAGACUUAAGUGGAAAUGUAAAAAAUAGAGAAAGUGUGCAUAAGGGCAAAAAUUCGGAAAAUACGAUCAUAAUUAAAAGUGACGCACGAAGUAAUAGCAACAAUAGCAGCGUUAAUAAUGGCUUUCUCAACAUUAGCAACCGAAACAAUAAUAAGCGUAACAAUAGCAAGCGCAACACUAGCAACUGCAAGACUAGCAACUGCAACAAUAGUAAGCGCAACAAUAAUAACUUAAAAUCAGGAGAAAGGGAAGAUGAGUCCAUAAUUAUUAAUGAAGAAAAAAAGUAG